AUGGCGAGCCCGGACAUUCCCUCCCGCCAACAUGUCAGAGAUACGAUAGUGCAGUCGUGGUCGCGCGACUCCAUCUCUCGCUCCGCGCCUCAAUCGCCCCCCUCCCAUCUCAACAACGGCCACUCCACCGACGAUGCCCCCUCCAAUCCACUAGCCACCCCACCCAUCACAGAUGAAGACGAGCGAUUAUGGCGCGAGGAAGAACUGAAUCGCAAGAUCAUGCAGGGUGUGGAAGAGAAUGGCAUUACUCGGCCCAAGGGCUACAAGGUCUCUUUUCAUUACAAUAGCCGCGUAGAGGACAUGCAUUUCGGCAAGACACAUCCCAUGAAACCCUGGCGCCUGACCCUGACCAAGCAUCUGGUCCUGGGAUAUGGACUACACUACGCCAUGGACACCUAUGAAGCCGUCGCAGCCGGCAAAGAUCAAGUUCGCGCCUUUCACGAUCCCGACUACGUCGACUUCCUCGCCCAAGUAAGCCCGCAAACCUUUGCCGACCUCUGCGCCAUGCCGCGAUUCGCAAAAUACUGUCCCCCAAAACACGAAAAUGACACCAUCGACCUGGGCCCGUUCAACCUCUCUACCAGUGCGGGAGCGGAUUGUCCGGUCUUUGACGGCAUGAGUACCUACCUCUUCCUCUACACCGGCGCCACCCUCGCCGCAACACACCAACUCACCACGCAGCAAACCGACAUCGCCGUCAACUGGUCUGGCGGCCUGCAUCACGCACACCGCGGCGAAGCCAGCGGAUUUUGCUACAUCAACGACAUCGUGCUUUCCAUCCUCGACAUGCUGCGCUACUUCCCCCGUGUUCUCUACAUCGACAUCGACGUGCAUCACGGCGACGGCGUGGAAGAAGCGUUUCAGAGGCAGCCGCGCGUCAUGACCCUCUCAUACCACCGCUACGGCCCUUAUGACGAAACAGGCCACAAGUUCUUCCCGGGCACCGGCGACAUCACAGACACCGGACUCAAAGGCACGGUAGGCGAGCACUUCGCGCUCAACGUCCCCAUCCCCUCCGGCAUCGACGACAGACAAUACAAAUUCCUCUUCGAAGCCGUGACGGGCCGCGCAAUCGAAGCCUUCAACCCCUCCGCCAUCGUCCUGCAAUGCGGGGCCGACAGCCUCGGCGGCGACCGCCUCGGCCAAUUCAACAUCAACAUCAAGCAGCACGGCGAGUGCGUGUCAUUCGUCAAACGCACGCGCCUGCCCCUCCUCAUCCUCGGCGGAGGCGGGUACACGGCGCGCAACGUCGCGCGCGCCUGGUGCCACGAAACAGCGCUCGCAACGGACAACGUGCUCCCCGACGCUAUCCCGCUCGACAUCGUGCCGCGCCCGGAAGCCUUCCAGAACCGCGCGCACGGCAACGGCUUGCUGUACCCACCUUUCCAGCGCUUGCACAACAACGAGUGCAAAGACGCGGAUUUGGAGGGCAUGGUGAAGAAGAUUGACACCGAGCUGCGGUAUGUGCGCAAUUCGCCGUGGGUGAAAUGCGAGCAGUUGCCGACGCAGGGCGUCAUGACGGCUGUGAUGGAGGAGACGGAUGAGGAUAUGGGCAAGGCGGAGGCGAAGGCGGAGCGCGAGAGGAGGUGGCGGGAGCGGAAUCCGGCGGGGAGGGGGGAGUUGAGGUGA